UUGAGUCGACAUUUGAAAAAUAUUUUCAUUAUUCUGUUAUUAUAUUAUUUUAACAUUAUUUAUAGCAUUCCCGAACACAAAAGUUUUCUUUUCAAAAGAAAAACAGAACCUAAUUCAACAUUUUCAGAGUUCAGCACGAGGUUGAGAUUCAGAAUUUUCUUUUUCAGAAAAUGUUAUCGAUAUUAGCAUAUAUUUUCGUGACUACUGCAGUAAUACUUUCUACUCUUUCCUACUUUUUCGAAAACCGAGAACUGAAAAAAAGAGUAGCACAUUUUCCUGGGCCGAAGUCUUACCCUCUUAUAGGAUCAGCUUACGUUUUUUACGGGGACCCCAGAUAUGUUUUAAACAGAAUAACGAAUAUCUUCACGACUUAUCCCUCUCCUUUUAAAUUGGAAGUUGGACCUAAAAUUUACAUUGGCACUUCAGACCCAAAACAAAUUAAGAAUAUUCUUAUGAGCCCAAAAGCUCUGGAAAAGGACGAUUUUUAUCGAUUCAGUCAAUCUUGGGUAGGAAACGGAUUGCUCACAGCACCAGCUUCAAUAUGGCGUGUUCAUCGAAAAUUAAUUCAACCAGCUUUCAAUAUAAAAGUUCUCGAAUCAUUCGUUGAAGUAUUUCAAAAACAGGCGACUAUUAUGGCGAAUGAAAUGUCGGCCGAAGUUGACGGAAAGGAAUUUAAAACUAUUCACUACCUUUCAUCUUGUACUUUAAACGUCAUUUGUGAAAGUGCCAUGGGUGUUUCAAUAAUCUCUGAAGAAGAAAAGAAAAAAGGAUAUUUAGAAGAAUCCGAAAGAGCAAUUAUCGCGUUAUCUCAAAGGGGAUUCAAAGUUUGGUUACAUCCAGACAUAUUUUUCAAUUUGACUAAAACAUCGAAAAUGUACUAUAAGUCGGUUGCGUACUUGCAAAGUAUUACCAAUUAUAUUAUUCGAAGAAGGCGAAGCGAAAUAGAAAAAGAAUCAGUUACAAGUACAUUUUUAGGACAAAGGAAACCCUUUUUAGAUUUAUUGUUGGAGUUGUCUGACAAUGAAAAAAAAUUGUCCAAUGAAGAAAUUCGAGAGGAAGUUGAUACAAUGUUGUUUGGAGGACAUGACACCACAGCAACCAUUAUAUCUUUUGUUUUACUUAUGUUAGCUUUACAUCCUGAUAUACAGGCUAAAGCUUACGACGAAAUAUACAAUAAUUUUGGAUCUGAUGAUCCCGAAGUUAGCCCUUUGGAUUAUAAGGAUUUACUAAAAUUAGAAUAUUUAGAGAGAGUAAUUAAAGAAACUCUUAGACUUUUCCCCGUCAGUCCCAUUCUUUUACGGAAAAUAACUGAAGAUUUGAAUAUUGGAGCAUAUACGAUACCAAAAGGAUGCUCGGCAGCUCUUUCAAUAUUUGUACUUCAUCGUGACGAAAAAUAUUGGCCAAAUCCAUUAAAAUUUGACCCAGACAGAUUUUUGCCCGAAGAAGUUGAUAAAAGACAUCCUUUCAGCUUUAUUCCUUUUAGUGGUGGACCAAGAAACUGUAUAGAAUCAACUUAUGCAGGAGCAAUCACACCGGGCUUAAGAAACAGUCGAGCAGAAAUAAAAUUCAAGAUGGCUCAUCGUAGAAUGAUCAAGCGGAAUGAUAGACCUGCUGCAAUAUAUGUUUACGGGAAACCUUAUAUCAUAAAUGACGAUGGUGAAUUCGUACUCGAGCACGGUAAACGAGUGAUGUUAAAUAUUAAGGAUGGUGAUGUACUGGUAUUGCCUAAUGGUGAGGAAGGAGUUUAUACAGAGCGCGGGUUUAUGCCGUUAAUUCAACAUCCAUAUCUUCCCUUGUAGACACAUGCAUAUCCUUACCCAGCAGAUAGUUUAAAA